AUGGCAUCGUCUGGGAUCUCAUCUGUCACUGCUACUCCAGCGGUCACCACGGUUGCCACAACGACCUCCGCUAUGGCCAAUUCGGCCACGGUUGCAAUGAGUAACUCUAUUACCGGUUCGUUUCCCCAACCAGUUACUUUGGUCGAACAAAAGCCGCCCCCGGAUGUGCUACUCACAUCCACAACGCCUCCAAGUUUGACCGAUUCUUCUCGAACACAAUCCACUGUGCCAGAGGCGAGGAUUCGACUUGCCUGUAUGGAAGGUCAAUUGGCACAUUUAUCCGCUUGGGUACAGGUGCUUCAACAAUCCCCGGGAGCCCCAGUAAACGCGAAACAUUUGGCCGGAUAUUCACACCGGAACUGUGCAAACAACACGUGUCGGGUCACAGCGGAUGCAAUAAAUACGGCCGAUCGGGAAUCCAACUACACCCCGAGUAACUCCAGUCUGGACAGUGCCUAUUCCGCCCGAAGUACAACCAGCUCGGAAUCGAUUUCGGCCAAACAGCUUGCAUUUGAACACGAGACCUUAGCACAAACGUCUCCGCAUAUACCGGUUCUCGUGACCGCUGAACAGGGACCACUCAAUGGACACACGGUGACAGCCACGCCACCGGCCACCGGCUCCGGUUUUCAUUCACCCCAUGGUAAAGCGACAAGCCCUCCGCAAACGCUCGGUUCUCUUGCUCCGGACUACUGCCCGUUGUUUGCAUUACCCAACUACAGUGCACUGAUAGAUCAUCCGACAUCGGCUACAAAAGCCAGUUUGCAAAUGGUAAAGUCUCGACUAAAAGCUACACAAACCGAUGUGUCUCAUCUGAAAUCCGAACUUUCCGGGUUGCGGAGAGCGCAUACAACUUGCAUGGCUCAGCACAAGGAAAAUACCGAGAAUGUCAUCGAACGAAUUAAACAAAUGAUCGCCAGAGUAGACGGUCUGGAUCUAAGCCUAAUUCAACAGGCUCGCCUGGCCAUGAACCGGCAGCUGGAACUGUAUGAGCAGGAAGUGCAGCGGGCCAACGCAUGGCUCAAAGACUUGGACACAACGAUUGAGGAUCUUCGAAUGGUCGCUUUGACCAGACGCUGUCGGAUCAGUGUCUCGGAAGUGGAAAUGCUUGCGUUGCAUGUGAAUCGAGUCAGCUUCCGAUUACGUAAUUUUAAAAGAAUCGAGUCUGAUUUGUUGUCCAGCCUAACCGUAGUUGGCUCAACAGCCCUAGAAAUCACUUCAAACUAUCCACGAUUGGAGUGA